AUGUGGAAAAGAUUUUCCUAAAUUAGCAAAACUUCGUAUAUAUCUAGAACGAAAAAAUCUAUGUAAACUUAGUAAUACCCAAAAUCCUAUUGUAGCUCCAACACCAUUAUUACAAAAUUCUGCUAUAGAUCAAAUUCCGAUACAAAACCAUGUUCCAGUAGAUAAUUUAAUUCAAUUAAAUGAUACACUCUCAUCACCUAUUCAAAAUAUAUCUUCAGAUCUACCCCAAAAUGAUACUAAAUGGUUUGAUAAUAUGGAAGAUAGAUAUAAUGCAAAUACUGAUGAAAAAUGGCCUGAAUUAGGUGGAUCCUUGCUCUAUAACUAUCCAAAAAGAAAUAUCAUAAAGAUAGAAG